AUGUUGGAUGGAGCAUAUGGGACAUGUGCUUGGAUGCUGUUCCCAAGCGGUGUCACGUCGUGGAGUGGAGAUGAUUGGCACUAUUGGGGUGUCGCCGACUUCCAGGCUGCACUGUCAGCAAUUGCGGACUGGGUCAAACAAAUUUCUUGGGACGGCCCUGCUGCUGCUAUAGAUAAGCUGAUCGUGGUUGGCCAUUCCAAUGGAGACAACGUCUCUGCAGUAGCGCCUGUCUCCGGGUACACAUCGAUCGAAAAUUAUGUUCCAUAUACCAUGUGGCACAACUCGGAGCCCUCGCUUUCCUCCGUCCUGUUAAGGUCACGGUCAACCUAUAAGCACGAGUUGUUAGUGGGUAACCUGGCUGGUAUUCCGGUGGCACAACAGCAUGGGGCAGCAGAUGAUAAUGUACCUGCAUAUCAUGGACGACUGAUGCACGAGCUCUUAGAUCAGGCCCAGUGGCCAUCCGAGUACAAAGAGCUCCCAGGAAAAGGGCACUGGUAUAAAGGCGUAUUGACGACCGAAUAUCUGAAAGACUUCUAUCGAAGUAUGGUUAGCCGGUCUAGAACGGCGAAAGUAUUGCCACAAACCUUCACCAUCACGGUUCCAGCUUCGGGUACAUUGGGGUCUAAAGCUGGAAUCCAGGUCGACCAGCUCCAGACACCCGACGUGAACGACAACAAGACCUGGCAUAUCUCCACCCGCAAUAUUCAUCGCUUCCACUUUUCAGAGGCAUCUUCCUUGGUCGAGUUGCCCGAGACAAUCGUGCUUGAUGGGAUGAACGGGAGCUUCGAGGUGCACUUCGCCCAGAAAGCGCAGACCUGGUUGGUCAGGGAUGCGGAGGGGAAGUGGGAAAUCUCUCAUGAUACUCGCUGGAAGACGGUCCAUCAACGGUAUGGUCGUCAGCUCGGUGCACUCGAUGCCAUUCUCCGAACUCAAGGGACGUUCACGAUCCGAGGGUGUUCUCCUGGAGUAGACAGUGUCGCUCUUCAAAUUAGUCGCAAUUUAUUCCAGUACUUUGCAGCCGAUUCGCAGAUCAUCGAGAGUUGCUCGAACAACACCUUGCAGCACCAACCUGGUAAUGUGAUCACGCUUGCUGUGGGUCACGAUUUGCCUCCAGCCCCGAUGGAAACAUACCCGAUUCAGAUUGACCAAGGUCGUCUUGUCAUAUCGACGAGUGGUUCAUUAUCGGCCCUGCCUGCUCUGAGGGAAGAGUACGUGUUUGGGGAGCCAGGCCUGGGUGCGGUCUUCCUUAGACCCUGUCCGGGCGAAACGUUGGAGCUGGUGGUAUGGGGUACCGACUUGGAUGGUCUGCGGCAAGCGGCUCGUCUGGUUCCGACGAUCACUGGGUCAGGACAGCCUGAGUAUGUGGUCUUGGGAGAUUCUUCUCGUUGGGAAGGUGUGGCUGGAGCCUAUGCUGCUGGUCAUCUCGACUGGUCUUGGCAGAUAUCGCCGAGCUCAUACCAAUCUGAUCCCAUCUGA